AUGCAUGCAAAAAAUCUUUCUAUUCUGUUAUUUACCGUUGGUUUAUUGUUCACAUUAGCUCAAUGUGGACGAUUAACAGUACGUAACAACGAAGAUGAUGAUAACAACAAUGAUGAUAACGGUGAUAAUGAUAACAGUAAUGAUGAUUUAACUAAUGAAAAACGGGCUAUCCAAAAUUUUCUUCAAGAUGAUAAUGAUGAUGAUUUAAGUAAUGAAAAACGUGCUAUUCAAAAUUUCCUUCAAGAUGAAGAAGAUGCUAGCCAAUUUCUUGAUCAAUCUCGUCGAUUAUUCGCCUCUGAUCAAAAAAGUCAUAUGAAAGAAGCUAAGAAAGCAUUCGAAGAAAAAUGUGAACGUCUUCUUCAUCCACGUUAUUGUCCUGAUCUUGACACAUGGCCUGUUUGGACUCAAGCCUUCAAAUCAGCAACUGGCAAAAAAUAA